UGAGUUUUACACAGACAGAUGAACUUCUACAGUUUGGAUGAUCCAGCAUGGAGGUGCCAUGUGCCAAAGACUUCCAGUGGCAAACGCUAGCAUCGCUUUCCAGCCCACGUGUGUACUGUUCUCUUGUAGAAGCGGGAGGGCAGAUCUUUGCUGUUGGAGGAUGUGAUGAGGCAGGAAACCCAAUGAACACUUUCGAGUUGUUUUCUCCAGAAGUCAAUCGCUGGACUAGCCUAGCGCCAAUGCCAUCUGCUAGAGCUGGGGUGGCGGUGGUCGCGUUGGGCAAGAGAAUCAUGGUAGUUGGAGGAGUGGGAGAAAACCAGUCACCUCUAAAAGUGGUAGAGGUCUACAAUAUUGAUGAGGGCAAAUGGAAGAAGAAGAGCUCCCUCCGUGAGGCAGCAAUGGGUAUAUCAAUCACUGUGAGAGACUGCAGGGUUUAUGCUGUUGGAGGUAUGGGUUCAGAUCUGCGACCGCAUAGUUUCCUUCAGCAGUUUGACAUGCUAAAAGAUAUUUGGGUUCACCUUGCCCCAAUGCCAACACCUCGGUAUGGUGCUACCUCUUUUCUGCGAGGAACAAAGAUUUAUGUACUAGGUGGCAGGCAGUCUAAAUAUGCAAUGAAUGCUUUUGAAGUCUUUGACAUUGAAACCCGUUCCUGGACAAAGUUCCCCAGUAUACCAAACAAAAGAGCCUACUCAAGAUAUGUGCUAAAUGAUGACUCCAUCUACAGUUUAGGAGGACUGCGACAAGGAGGUACAUACCGCAGGCCAAAAUUUACCAAGACUGUGGAUAUAUUUAAUAUGGAGCAAGGUGGCUGGGUGAAAAUAGAUCGUUCCUGCUUUAUAAGGAAAAGAAGAGCUGAUUUUGUUUCUGGUGCAAUACAUGGAAGAGUUGUUGUUGCAGGGGGUCUUGGAAACCAACCAACAGUCCUGGAAACAGCAGAGAUAUUCCAUCCCUUGAAGAACCGGUGGGAAAAUCUAAGCCCGAUGCCAACGCCACGGUGUGCCUGUGCCUGUAUUGUCCUGAAAAAUAGGUUGUAUGCAAUAGGAGGAGUAAACCAGGUUCCUAGCUCUGCUGUAGAAAUGCUGAGUUUAGUAGAAACUUGACUAAGGUUUUUGAAUGUUAGGUGGCUGUUGUAAGCACUGAGAGCAUGAAAGAGCACAGUAUUUGCUUAGGUUGUGGGAAUAAGAUUGUAUGCUAGUAGAAUAGCCUGCAUUGAUAUACACAAGAUUAUUUAUAUGAUCGUAGACUGCCAACCAUGUAAAAGGAAUACAAGUUUGCCUAAUUGAAAUUAUUUUAAUGUGUUCGUUUGACGAUCAGACAAU